UCUUCCGGCGCCGCUCCGCCGCCGCCCGGCUCCCCCGCGGGGAUGCUGCGGCUAGGCCGCGGGCUGAGGCGGCUCGUGUCGGGACGCGGGGCCCGGGCCUCCGCGGGGCUCCCCUUGGGCGCCGAGAUGCCCAAGAAGGCUGGUGCGACGAACAAGGGGAAGAGCCAGGAGCCAGAGAGACCGCCUCCUUCCUUAGGCCCUGUGACGGUGGAUCCCAGAGGUAGUGUCACCAUAGCCAUCCGCGCCAAGCCAGGGUCCAAACAAAACGCUGUGACAGACGUGACAGCAGAAGCCGUGAGCGUGGCCAUCGCAGCUCCCCCAUCAGAAGGAGAGGCUAAUGCCGAGCUCUGUCGGUACCUUUCCAAGGUCCUGGAGCUCAGGAAGAGUGAUGUGGUUUUGGAUAAGGGUGGUAAAUCUCGUGAAAAAGUGGUGAAGCUAUUAGCAUCCACAACUGCUGAAGAGAUCUUGGAGAAAUUAAAGCAACAAGUCGAGAAGAAAUAAAAGCAAGUUAUGAGAAAUACAUCCUUGAGAAGCUUUUUUAAUUGCUAUUAGUGAAGAGGCUGUUAAGUAGGAAAAUAUAUUUCAGUGCAUGGAAGAAUAUGAAAAAAAAAAUUUAGGACUCAAAAAAGAAGCAGGAAUUUAAAAAGUACUUCUGUUCAAUUCAGGUUCUAACAUCCCUGACCCCAAACAGGUUGGAACAUUAGUCCGAUCUCAUCGCAUUACACAGGAACAGCUGGAAGGGAUCUUCAAGCCCCUUUCAUCCUGUGGUGGGGCUUCCAGAAGUUGAGAGACUUGUUCAGGAUCACAUCGUACAGGAUGGCAGCUAGAACCAAGACCCCUUGACUCCUGGCUGAAUGCAGUUUAUCCUGAUUGUAAAUGAAGAUUAUUUCCACAGCACUUCCAGUGUUCUGAGGAUUCCCUUCUCUAGAGUUUACAAGUGACAGAAGAAAACCCGUCACACUGCUUUGUGGUCUUUAUAUUUUAAAAGGCUUAUCUAAAUACAAAAAUGCUUUUUGUGUCUUUUUAAAACUCUGGAGCAUUUUGUGAAAAAGUAAAUAGUAAUCAGGACUUAUAAUUUAAUGUUAAGUAUUUUGGGGAAGUCACUGAAUUUUCGUCCUAUUGGAUUGUAUUGGAUUGUAACUUACAGUCUUCAAACUGGUAGUUCUUAUGAAUCUCCAAAGAUCCUUAAAAGAAGUGGGCCUGGAAGCUACUUUCAGUAUUUGUAAAGGCCUAUCAGAAAUCAUAUCUACAAAAAAAAAAAAAAAAAUCGUAUCUACAUUAAAGCUUCAGAAGCUAAUAAUAAAUACUUUGUUUUUAAAUAUCCAAUGCAAAAUAUAGUGACUUGGGCAGAUAAGUUCAUUAUCUUUGCUGAUCAGAAUCAAAGCAGAUGUGUGCUUUUGUCUAAGUAUGUGAGAAAAUGUACUGGUAGACAAAAUGUUUUAAAAUACAAAAUCUCCAAGAAGGACCAAUAAUAAAAACUACUGAUGGUGAAAGAGCUGGGAAACAGUCAUCUAGUACAAGUCUUACUCUGUUGAUAGGAACCAAGGACAAGAGUCACCUGGAUUACCCAAGAUCAUAGCCAACACUAACAACAGAACAUGAGUUAUGCUCACUGCCUUCUUUUCUAACCAUCAAGCCAUACUGCCUCCAAAUGUGCUUCUGUUGUACCUGGUCUUGGCUUCAAAACUUUUCCUACUCUUUCCCUAUACAUUCCAAUGUAUUAGCUCUAAAGGCAUUUUACUUAUGUUUUUUUGGAUCACGGUUAGGAUGCUUUCCUUGACAAGAGAAACCCAGCUGUAUCUGGCUUAUACAAUAAAGGGAUUUGUUUGCCCAAUACCUGGCAAGUUCAGAAGUAGGGUUUACUUAGGGAUUAGUCUGAUGCAGCAGCUCAGUAAUGUCAUAAAGGAUCCCUUUCUUUCCUUCCCCUGACUCACUAGCUUGCAAUGCCAGUUCCAUCCUUAGGUCCCACUUCCUUCACAGAGGCAAAAAGGCAACAGCUCUAGGCUUCAUGUCCACGUUACCCCCUCCAGCAGGAAAAGAGGCCACUCAGAAAAGCUCUGAGCUUCUCCCCACUCCUUUGGUGUCUAGGGGGUGGGGAGAAGCAGAUGUAGGUGGCAACUUUGCAAUGUUUAAAGUUCCAAACAGCUAAAAACUUAGACUUCAGGAGGCAGUUCUCUGGGCUGUGGGCUGCCAGCAUACCCUCCCUCCCCCUUUUAUAGAUUCCAGGGAUUUGGUUAAGUAGUUUCCUGAGCUGUAAUACAGAAUAUAAAUUUAAAAACCCAUUGUGACCCCAACUACAGAUUUUUUUUUAAUUUUAUUUUUUAAAGAUUUUGUUUACCUAUUCAUGAAAGAUAGAGGCAGAGACAAAGGCAGAGGGAGAAGCAGGCUCCCUGUGGGGAGCUGGAUGUGGGACUCAUUCCCAAGACCCUGGGAUCACAACAUGAGCCCAAGGCAGAUGCUCAACCACUGAGACACCCAGAUGUCCCAACUAUAGGUUUUUAUUUUUUUUUAUUUUUUAAAUUUUAUUUUUAUUUUAUGAUAGUCACAGAGAGAGAGAGAGAGGCAGAGACACAGGCAGAGGGAGAAGCAGGCUCCAUGCACCGGGAGCCCGACGUGGGAUUCGAUCCCGGGUCUCCAGGAUCGCGCCCUGGGCCAAAGGCAGGCACCAAACCGCUGCGCCACCCAGGGAUCCCCAACUAUAGGUUUUUAAAAUGUAGAGACUAAAAUUUUUAAGAAGCUAGAUUUUCAAUUUACAGCCAAGAGGUGUCACCAUAAAGCAACAGCAGAAAGCCACACAAUUUGAAGGGACUAACUGUUCCUUUUGAAGUGAGCAGUACUAGUAGGAAAUGUCUUCUGUAGUACCUACCAGUCAGUGUCACAGAUCCUUCUUGUCUGGUCUUGGAGACAUUUCUUAGGCUUAUCCCCUCAUUCCUUGAGUUGAGUGUGGGCCAGUGAGGUGGUAAACACCCUGAGUACUUGGAGGUCCCAGCUCAGUACCUCAGUGGAGUCAGCAUGGCCCUGAGUGUCUCCUUUCAUUCUGCAGCUUUCAGAAAUCCCAUUUAGUUGGUGUUUUUGAAAAUGCAAUCACGCUGAAAAAUUGGCAAGGGAUUAAUUUCUAAACACAAUGCCAGGUUAUUAAUUCGAGUGAAGGACACACCUGCCAAAUAGACUGUAUAGUGGGAUCCUCUAGUGAGUACAUUCUGUUGCUUUGGGAAAUCUCUUCAAGAAGCCAGUCAUCAUUUGAAGAUGCUUGGAUUCAGAACCCAGGAAAUUAGGGGGUGGGGCAGAGGAGCUAUGACCAUCUGAGAUAGACUCUAUCUCAUCAUCCCUUCUCCUGGGAUAACACUGGAUGUGGACACUUCCUGGCACAGGAGCUCCCCUUCUCUAGGCUUGGGGAAGACCACCAACUUCUGCCCACACAUGCGUUCCUCUGACAGUCUUUCUUAUUCAAUUGAUAGUUUUCAGCAUUUUGUAAUCCUUUUCUAGCUGUGUGCCCCAGGGCCCAGCCAAUCCCCUUGUAUGGGCAAACAGUCUGGGCAAACUUGGCAGCAUAGUUUAUAAACUCAGUGGUCAUUUCUACAGGAAACUCCUUCAGAAGUGGGUUUACUAUCACACUGGCUUUCAGAUUGUUUCAGAGCCUUCCAUUUCCUUAGAGAUACAUUGGGGGGUUGGAGAACUGUGGAGAAUAAGGGAAUCAAGUCAACAGAACUCCAGGCCUUUAGUCCUCUUCCCAAACUGUGCUGUCAUUAUGGUAGCUGCUAGGCACAUGUGGUUACUGAGCACUUGAAAUGUGGCUACUCAAACUUUUAAAAAAAUAAAAAGCAUAAUGGAAAUAAAGGCCAUGUUGCAAACAACAAAGAAGAGGCUGAAAAUAUGACAAUCUGGAGGCCAGAAUAGAGAAAGGUGAGCAAAGAAAGAAAAUGACAAGGCUAAGUCAGGCAAAGGGAAGUCAACACAGACAUAAUUGAGAUUCUGAAAAAGAACCCCCAAAAUUGAACAAAGAUUUCAAGAUAUAAUCAAGAAAAUACUGAAAAAAAAAUGAUUUUAAAGAAUAAGUGCAGUGUCCCAGGGCGGAGGGGCGGGGGGGGACACUGACAAAGAAUGAUUGACAAGGAGAUAAAACCUAGUAAAGUUCUCGAUUUCAAAAGCAAAAAAGCCCAUGGCCAUCUAGACAAACAGCUGACGUCCUAGGAAGGAAGAGGGGAGACAGAUACAUGUACAUUCGUAUGUUACUAAUGGGAAUGUGAAUUACUAAGUGUUAGUUAGAAAAUAUGACAAUAAAAAUACAGGGUUUUUUUU